AUGGUUCUCGACUACAGCAAAUGGGACGCCCUCGAGCUCUCUGACGACUCCGAUAUAGAAGUACAUCCCAACGUCGACAAACGAUCUUUCAUCCGUGCAAAGCAGAACCAGAUCCACCAGCAGCGCAUUCAGCGUCACCAAGAAAUCGAAACUCUCAAAUACUCCCGCAUCAUAAAUGAUGGACUGCUGAAACGCAUUGAUGGCCUCAUAGCCUCACUUAAGAGCCAUGAAGGCAGCUCCAGGGCACCAGAUGAACUGGUCUUCCAGGCCCUGAUCGAGUCUGCCGGAGACCCUGGCGAAGAUACUCCACCACCGGCUCCAGAAGAUGUAUUUCAGCAGGAAAAGGAGCAGCCGAAAUAUUCACAGAUGAUGGGGUCAUUGGUAGACCAGGUGAAGAAAGAACUGAAUGAAUCGAAGCCGGAAGAUCGAUUCGAGGCAUACAUCAAGGGAGUGGAAGGACAUAAGAAUAGAGUAUUGGACCUGCAGCAGCAGUUAUUGGAGAAGCUGGAUGCCCUAGAGAAAGAAGAGGCCAGCAAAAUUACUAGUGACAGCAUACACACCGGCUUCGAUAGCUCAUUUGUCAACAAAUCCAAGCCUAAGCCUGCGCCAUCAGAGAAGAAGAAAAAGAAGGAAACCGCCCCUUCCGUGGAAUUGCUGAACCCCGGUGCCGCUGCUAACGGGGAUGUGGGGGCCGUGUCCUCCGGAGCGGAAGCGGACGUCGAAGAUGAGGAGGAUGAGGACGACAUCAAAGCCACCCCGCUGGCUAAGCAAUUCGCCAUGAUCAAACUUGGAGACUACAGAUCCUGCCUUCAGUUCAUAGGAGAUCACCCCGAAAUUGUCACGGAACACAAGACAGAUGAAUUACUCAUGGAAGCAUUCGAUGCCCAGCUAUCAGGGAAGGAAGAAUAUGCCCGCCAAUGCGUACAUCAAGGCUUGCUGCUGCAAUAUUGCCGCUCCCUUGGCAGCGAUGGGGUGGGUCUCUUCUUUAAGCGCAUAACAACCAAAGAUCACCAAGCCUCAACACUAUUCCACAACGACGUUAACGAAACCUACGGCAAGAUAAAAGUCCGCGCCGCAGAACUAGCUAAGAAUUCCUCCGACGGACCCGCCGAAGUCGAGCAAAUCCAACUCCACGCCGUCGACCCGAAUACGAAACUCAAUAUCAAAAUCCCCACGCCGGGAAGCGCGGAUCCCGAGUCCGUUAAGGCGCUGGAGAUCUUCAAUGCGUUCCCGCUGGAGUUGCAGAAGGCGCUCAAGUCUGAGAGUCUCGAUGAGGUUAACAAGGUGCUUGGGAAGAUGAGUGUAGAGGAGGCGGAAGAUGUUGUGGAAAAGCUAGGGUCUAGUGAGAUUUUAACGGUGGAGGAGGGGAUUGUGGAUGCAACGACGGAGGAGGGGAAGAAGUGGUUGAGUGAGAUUGAGGGGGGGAAGGGGGUGGGGCAGGAUGAGCGGGAGGGGGGGGUUAUAGAAUAUGAUAAGGUGAUGGAGGUGGAGAAGAAAGGGGAGGUUGUUGGGGACCCUGAGUAA